GAUUCCCAGUCCCGUUCCACAUUAAACUGCAACUCCCAGCAAGCAUUGAGCCUUCGCGUGCUUAGCCAUAUCCGCUGCUGCUCAUUGGUCCGGCGGCGGCGGAGGGGUGUUUUGAUUGGCUGAGGGUGGAGUUUGUAUGUGCUGGUUUAGCGCCACGGCCGGCUGCGGCUGAUCUGAGUUUGCGGUUUCUGGUGGGCUCACGCGGUUCAAUCUCGAAAGUACCUGUUGUGAACCAACUCUAGGUGCUAGGCGCCGCAUGAAUUGGAAACACAUUGACUUGUGUAGGAGGAUGCCCUGCGAGUGUUCACCAAGGCGGAGAAGUCUUGCUCAAAAAGCUGCAGGAAGACACAGCCUUGGCUAAGGUAGUAUUAGAGCAGCAGGUUCUGGAGGGACAGACUCAGAGCUGGCCUCACCUUCCUGGUGUGUGUUAAGGAAAACUCAUCAGGAUCUUUGCGUCUGGAAGGCUGUGUAAAUGCAGUCAGUGUCCUGAUGUCUCUGGAGACAGAUGUGGAGUGUCCGCAGUCCCGUGGCAGUGGUGCCUGCUCACAAUCCCAAGGUGGCUUCUCACAAUCCCAUGGCCUCUCCUCACAGACCCAGAGCACAUCCAACCCCUCCACCAGCACAGUGCCCACGUCUAGCCAGUCCUCUCACUCCAGCUCAGGGACACUGAGCUCCUUAGACACAGUGUCCACUCAGGAACUCUGUUCUAUUCCCGAGGACCAAGAACCUGAGGAGCCCAGCCCUGCCCCUUGGGCUCGAUUAUGGGCCCUUCAGGAUGGAUUCCCCAGUCUUGAGUGUGUGAAUGACAGCUACUGGUUUGGGAGAGAUAGAAGCUGUGAAUAUUGCUUUGAUGGACCACUGCUGAAAAGAACGGAUAAAUACCGGACUUACAGCAAGAAACACUUCCGGAUUUUCAGAGAAAUGGGUCCUAAACACACUUACAUCGCAUAUAUAGAAGAUCACAGUGGAAAUGGAACCUUUGUAAAUAGAGAGCUUGUAGGGAAAGGAAGACGCCUUCCUUUGAGUAACAAUUCUGAAAUUGCACUUUCAGUAUGGAGUAAUAAAGUUUUUGUAUUUUUUGAUCUGACUGUAGAUGAUCAGUCAGUUUAUCCUAAGGAGUUAAGAGACGAAUACAUCAUGUCAAAAACUCUUGGAAGUGGUGCCUGUGGUGAGGUGAAGCUGGCUUUUGAGAGGAAAACAUGUAAGAAAGUAGCCAUAAAAAUCAUCAGCAAAAAGAAGCUUGCUAUUGGCUCUGGGACAGAGGCCGAUCCAGUUCUCAAUGUUGAAACAGAAAUAGAAAUUUUGAAAAAACUAAAUCAUGUCCCCCCUGCUUUGCCUCUGUGUUGCAGGAUGGAAGGAGGAGAGCUGUUUGACAGGGUGGUGGGGAAGAAACGCCUCCAAGAAGCUACGUGCAAACUCUAUUUUUACCAGAUGCUACUGGCUGUACAGUAUCUUCACGAAAAUGGCAUUAUACAUCGGGACUUAAAGCCUGAGAACGUUCUGCUCUCAUCUCAAAAAGAGGACUGUCUUAUCAAGAUUACUGAUUUUGGGCAGUCCAAGAUUUUGGGGGAGACCUCUCUCAUGAGAACCUUAUGUGGUACCCCCACCUACCUGGCUCCUGAGGUCCUUAAUUCCUUUGGGACUGCCGGAUAUGAUCGUGCUGUGGACUGCUGGAGUUUAGGAGUUAUUCUGUUUGUUUGCCUUAGUGGGUAUCCACCUUUCUCUGAGAAUAAGACUCAAGUGUCACUGAAGGAUCAGAUCACCAGUGGAAAAUACAACUUCAUUCCCGAAGUCUGGGCAGAGGUCUCAGAGGAGGCUCUGGACCUCAUCAAGAAGUUGUUGAUAGUGGAGCCAAAGGCACGUUUUACGACAGAAGAAGCUUUAAGACACCCAUGGCUUCAGGAUGAGGACAUGAAAAGAAAAUUUCAGAAGUUGGUUUUUGAAGAAAAUAAGUUGACGGCUCUAUCCCAGGUCCCCACCCAGCCUCUCACGGGUCAAAAGCGGCUUCUUGAAGGGGAAGCAGAGGAUGCCGACACCACAAAGCGCCUGGCCGUGUGUGCUGCUGUCUCGUGAACGCUGGGUGAACGUGAAGAAAUGUACCUUCUUGAACUCUACUGCCAUUUUCUUUCAAUGUGCUUUUUUAUAGCUUGUAUUUUAAUUACAGGAACAGUAGCUUUUCCACAAUCGUCCCUACACAAUUCAAAACCUAAUGAAACUUGGGCUUGGUGCUUACCAGCCCUUCAGUUCCAUGCCUCUUUGUGUGUGUGUGUUUGAAGUUGUGUGCCUUUUGUGUGGCACUCUACCUUCACUGUAACCAGGCAGGUUUUUGAGGAUGUAUCCCUGGUGCAGCCUGGGUGAGCUGCAUACAAAUUCUAAAGGCUCCUUAGAAAGCUGCAGGGAAAGGGGCAUAUGCAGUGUGGCUGGGGUGGAGUUUGUAGAGUCAUGGUGGCUGCCAAAGUCCUCGCGAGAUGGUAGAUAAUCUCAAUGUGUUUUAAAUUCUCUUCUUCACCCUCAUAAAGAUACCGGUCCACAGUCCCUGAAACCAUGGGGCCAGAGAAGUUGUAAAAUCCAAAAGUUGCCUGAUUUUAGGAAGGAACAAGACACCUCUGACUGGAUAACAUGUAACAGCAGAAUCCGAUGGCCAAACCCUUUGGUAUUUCUGCAGCAGAUAUUCACAGUAAAGGGACAGGGAAGACUGUAAGUCCCAUGGCAGUUCAGGUCAGUCUUUUCUGCCCAGUGAGGUAUGGAUGACUCAAGUUUGUGAGCUCUUUGGACAUUGGGACUGCAGAGAAGACAAGGGCAUGUCCUCUUGACCCAACAAUAACCAAGGAGGCCCUAUGGAAAGCCCCUCCCUCAGUCUUGUCUAGUUUUUGCAAUGAUUCUGUGGACUAGGUCCUCUGACGACCCUCAUGUCAUAGGUAAGGAACCCAGGCUGAAGGAGUAAGGUGACUUGUCCAGUGUCAUACAGCCAGUAAGUGACAGAGCUGGGAUGCAACCUCGGUCUUUCUGACCCUAAAACUAAUGUUCCUCACUUCAGUCCCAUAUUGUAUUGUUGACUCAUACAAAACUCAUAAAAGCCUGAAGGCUAAAUCUUCAA